AUGACUAGCUCAUUUUCUCGUCUUCCUCUGGAAGUGUUAAUCAUUAUUCUUGAAUAUGCACCAAAUCUUUCAACAAUCUACACCUUCAUCUGUGCAUCCGCGAUGGUUAACGCAGCAUUCGAAAUCAGCCCUGCUCGGAUUUUAGACGGCGCAAUAGAACGUUCAAUCCCUGAAUUCAAACACCUUGCUCGCAUGGUUACUAUUUUAGGAUCAUUUUCGGCGUCUUUAUCAUUGCAUCCCACCUUUCAGGAUUUAGUGGACAAGUACAACAAUCUGCCAAAAGACGUUCUUACGACAGCUCCAGCAUCUUCUGCAUUUGAAACUGGUACACCAGGUCCUCGCUACCUGGUACUCACAGCAUACCGGAUAGAAAUACUUCAGCACGUUUGCUUCGUUUCUCUACUCCAGAACAUUCAUGAAGCGAUAUGGUACAUUGUACCCACAGAUGAACCAGAAUCCGUUUUCUAUUCUAUAAAACGAUCAAAAUCUGGUAUUGACUUUCAGGCAGCUGCUUGGUGGUCUCCGUCAUGGGUUGAAAAAACACGGAUAACGCGGGCACUUUGGCACUUAAUUAUAUACUGGAAUAUUCAGGCCAUCUAUCCGAACCAUCAAGAUGACUACAGGCUUUCUCAGUACUGUGCGGCAAUUCGGCACAUUAGUCCAUGUCUUGAACCGGAUUUUAAAAACGAUAAAACAUUCCUAGGCCAUGAAGUUGAAGAGAUGAAGUGUCUGCUGGCAGCUACUCGUGACCUUUUGAGUUGUACAGAUGAUCGAUGUCACCUAUUCACCGCGUUCACAAGCUGGACCCCCCCGAAUUUUAGGAUUAACAAAUGCGCAUCUAUUAUUUUCGAAGAGGCUGCGCACUGGCGAUACGAAGAACCAAAACCCAUGACUGGAAUCAGGGCUUGGCACGACGGUCAGCACAGUGAUCUUGUGAGUAGAGAAAGUAGUCGUUUCAGAAAUUUGCUUUGGUAUUUCUGGUUUGAGUACAAGUGGAAACAUCCAAAGCCAGAGAACUAUGAGCCUCAAUUCCCGGAUUAUCUAGGUCUCUGCAUCUGGGACUGCAAACGGCUAGGUUAUCUCGGACUUGCAGAGAUGUAUCACGGCUUCUUAGAUCGAGGCCCUCUGAGGAAUCCUUGCAACUACCCUUAUCGCUCAACUUGCGUAUCAAUUCGAUGGCAAGAGGCUUUUAUGCAAGAAGUGGUCAGGUUACCAGGAGGGCAGCAGCGCCAGCUUUCAAAGGACCUGGAGACUCACAUACAAGAAUGGAAAAGUAUUCCACAAAAACUGAAAGUUAACCUAGACAUAUACCGCAUGGAAAUUCCUUGGGGCAUGGCCAAGCACAUCUUGAUCGUUGUCACCAACGUCGAGCACUACGACGAUCCAUCCCACCCGACUGGCUUGUGGUUGUCCGAGCUCACGCACGCCUGGGACAUCUUUGAGAAGCACGGAUUCGAGCAGACCAUCAUCAGCCCGGCCGGCGGAGCUUGUCCCCUGGAGCCGCGGUCGCUGAAGUUCCCCAACUACGACAAAACCGCGAAAGCGUGGAAGGCCAAUCCGGCACGGAUGACACUGUUGGAAAAUACUACCAGUCCCGACCGGAUUAACUCGACCGACUUCGACGCUAUCUACUUCACUGGCGGACAUGCUGUGAUGUACGACUUUCGCGACAGCGAGAGCCUGCAGCGGAUCACUCGAGAGAUCUUCGAACGAGGUGGCAUUGUUUCCUCGGUCUGCCACGGCUACUGCGGCUUGCUCAACACCAAGCUCUCUGACGGUUCCUACCUGAUUGCCGGACGCAACAUGACUGGGUUUGCCUGGCUGGAGGAAGUGCUUGCUCGUGUGGACAAGCUCGUGCCUUAUAACGCCGAAAAAGAGGCGAAGAAGCGCGGUGUCCACUACAAGAAGGCCAAACUGCCGUUUGUAUCCUACGCUGUAGUCGACGGAAACCUGGUGACUGGCCAGAACCCUAUGUCUGCUAAGGAGACCGCGAAGAAGGUCGUCGCCGCCCUCAGCCGGUCAUGA